AUAAAAUUUUCCUUUAGAAAAGUUUAUAGUACUUUUCUCUUGAAAUUACUAUACAGUUCAACGUUAGAGGAAAUCCGAAGCCUUCGCCCCUAAAACCCUAAACCCUAAUUCUCUGUCUCGAAUCUCCAUCUAUAGUCUUGAGUUAUGGGGAAGAAGAAAUCAAGGAAGAUGGUAGAAAGUGACAGCGAUUUGGGAUUCGACAAUGACGUGAAUGAUAGGAUUAUGCAUGUGGAUAACGAUGAUGAUGACCAUUUGCGUGAUGAGGAUGACGACCAGGGUGAGGAUGAUUAUGAUGAUGUUGAUGAGGAAGAAGGCUCGGAGGAGGACGAGGAUGAGGGCUCUGAAGAGGAUGAGGAGAAAGGCUCAGAAGACGACACAGAAGAAGGUGUGCCUGAUGAUGAAGAUGUUCAAAAUGGCGAGGAGAUGGAAGAGCUGGAGAAAGAGUACAGAGAACUUAGAAACGAGGAGCAAGAUAUUUGGAGGAAUCUAAAGCACCACAAGGAUGAAGAUCUUCAAAAAGGUCAAGCUGUCAAAAAUCAAAGGGCUCUUUGGGACAAGACACUUGAAUUCAGAUUCUUGCUGCAAAAACCGUUCUCAAGUUCUAACAGGCUUCCCCAGGAACCAGUCAGGUCUUUAUUUUGUGACGCCGAUAGCAACAUCAGUGAAGCAUAUUCAGAUUUAAUUGCUUCUUCAAAGAAAACAUUGGAUUCUAUUCUGGAAUUACAGCAGGCACUUCUGGUGAACAAUCCAUCAAUUACUCAACUUGGAGAAGCUACUCCCAUGAGAGAUACGAAGCAACUACAAGCUUCUGGUAAUUCAAAUGGAGACAUUGAUGAAGAAUGGUUGCAGAUUUCACAGAUGCAAUCAAGAGUGGCUUCUUUUAGAAACAAAUCAAUUGAUAAGUGGCAGAGGAAGACCCAGGUGACAACCGGUGCCGCUGCUAUUAAAGACAAACUGCACGCCUUUAAUCAGAGUAUAAGUGAACAAGUGGCUGGUUAUAUGAGGGAUCCAAGUAAAAUGAUUAAGGGGAUGCAGCAGAAUAGAUCGGCUGUUGCUCUGUUUGGAAAUGUUCCACAUGCUACUGAGAAUAUCAAUAAAGAGGAGACUUAUGCAGAUGGUGACCCUGAACUUCUGGAUGAUUCAGAAUUCUACCAGCAGUUACUGAAAGAGUUCUUUGAGACAAUUGACCCAUCGUCAUCUGAAACGGCUUUCUACGCUCUGAAAAGAUUGCAAACCAAGAAAAGAAAAAUCGUUGACCGUCGUGCGUCAAAGAGUCGCAAGAUUCGGUAUCACGUUCAUGAAAAGAUUGUCAAUUUCAUGGCGCCGCGGCCCAUGGACCUCCCUCCCAUGGCCCCUAAAUUAUUUGAAAACUUGUUUGGCCUUAAAACCCGGAAGCCUGCCUCAGGGGCUUAACCAAGCAUUUGUAUACCUUAAGAUCUAGCAUCAUUUGUGGAAAUCCUGAGGUUAUACUGGGUUUCAUGGGUGAAUCUCCCCUCCAGGCUCCUUUAAGCUGAAAGCUAAUGCCAGAAUGUUGAUUGAGAAGCUGAAAGUUAUUUUUGCUUUCUGGUUUUCGUGUACUUAACACAUUCGCAAAUGGUCGAGUAGGGUGUGUUUGGCUCAGGGGUUAGAUCGAAACGAGAUUGUAUCAUGGAUGUUAGUUAAUCAAGUUAGUUAGCUACAUGUAGUCUGAUUUGAAUUUGAUAACUUUUGGAUACACCGAAUAAUACAAUUGUUGACUGGAUAACUAACAUUCUCUUUGGUGAUA